GCCGCUGCCACUUUUCCUCUCCUCUCUCUUUCUGAUUCAUCUAAACGGCGGCGUUGCUCUUCCGCUAAUAUUUAAUAUUAUUCUCUAAUAUCAUACUGCUUUGUCAACUAUAACUCUUCAUCCUUCGAAUCCAGCACAUUCUAUUCAACAACACACAAGCUCCAGAAAGGCCAUACACCAUAAUGGCCGAUCAAUCCAAUGCUGCUCCGGGCCCUGAUCCCAAGGGGCCCCAGGAGUUUCUCCCGUUUCGUUGCCUGCCGCCUGCCUCAGGUCCUGACGGCGCCUUGAACCGUUGGUCCUCGGUCAUCACACGCGGCCAUGACUUCCCCGGUGCCCAGGCCAUGCUGUACGGUGCUGGUGUCAAGGAUGAAAAGACGAUGAAGGCUGCGCCUCAAGUCGGCAUUUCCACUGUUUGGUGGGAGGGUAACCCUUGCAACACCCAUUUGCUCGAGUUUGGUAACAUUGUUAAGCGCUCUGUCGAAAAAGAGGGCAUGCUUGGCUGGCAGUUCAACACCAUUGGCGUUUCGGACGCCAUCACCAUGGGUGGUGAAGGUAUGCGCUUCUCGCUACAAUCCCGAGAAAUCAUUGCCGACUCCAUCGAAAGUGUAACAUGUGCCCAACACCACGACGCCAACAUCUCCAUCCCCGGCUGUGAUAAGAACAUGCCCGGCGUGGUCAUGGCUGCCGCCCGCCACAACCGCCCCUUCAUCAUGAUCUACGGCGGCACCAUUCGCAAGGGCCACUCCUCUCUUCUCGAAAAGGAAAUCAACAUCUCCACCUGCUACGAAGCCUCUGGCGCCUACUCCUACGGCCGUCUCGAAGCAAAGACCAACCCUGGCGCCGAAGGCCGCUCCUCCAGCGACGUCCUCUCCGAUAUCGAGCACCACGCUUGCCCCGGCGCCGGUGCCUGCGGUGGCAUGUACACUGCCAACACCAUGGCCACGGCCAUUGAGGCCAUGGGUCUCACGCUGCCCGGCUCCUCAUCAUAUCCUGCCGUGUCACCCGAGAAGAACCGUGAGUGCGAGCGAGCCGCACAAGUUAUCAAGACAACCAUGGAGAAGGACAUCCGCCCUCGCGACCUCAUGACCCGCGCUGCCUUUGAGAACGCCCUCGUUCUUACCAUGAUCCUCGGCGGCUCUACUAACGGUGUGUUGCACUUCCUCGCCAUGGCUAACACCGCUGGCGUCGACCUCACCAUUGACGAUGUCGCCCGUGCCUCCGACCGUACACCCUAUCUUGCUGACCUGGCCCCCUCUGGAAAGUACUACAUGGAAGACCUGUACCAGGUCGGCGGUACACCAUCUGUGCUCAAGAUGCUUAUUGCCAAGGGCCUCAUCAACGGCGACAUCAUGACUGUCACAGGCCAGACUCUUGCACAAAACGUUGCCGAUUGGCCCGCCCUCGACCCUGGUCAGAAGAUCAUCCGUCCUCUCGAGGAUCCCAUCAAGGACAGCGGUCAUAUCCGCAUCCUGCGCGGAAACUUUGCUCCCGGAGGCGCUGUCGCCAAGAUUACUGGCAAGGAAGGCUUGUCAUUUACAGGCAAGGCCCGUGUCUUUGACGCCGAGAAAGAUCUCAACCAAGCUCUCUCUCGCGGCGAGAUUAAGCGCGAAGACGGCAACCUCGUUCUUAUUGUUCGCUACGAAGGACCCAAGGGUGGCCCCGGCAUGCCCGAGCAGCUCAAGGCAUCGGCUGCCAUCAUGGGUGCUGGCUUGAACAACCUUGCUCUAGUCACUGACGGCAGAUAUAGCGGCGCUUCCCACGGCUUCAUUGUCGGCCAUGUGGUUCCCGAAGCCGCUGUCGGUGGCCCUAUUGCUCUUGUCAAGAACGGCGACGAAAUCACCAUUGACGCCGUCACAAAUCGCAUCGACGUCGCCAUCUCCGACGAGGAAAUGGAGGCUCGCAGACAAGCCUGGGUUGCGCCCCCUCCUCGCGUCAGGCGUGGAACUCUAGCUAAAUAUGCCAAGUUGGUCGGCGAUGCCAGCCACGGCGCUGUGACGGACGGUCUCUAA